AAAUAAUUUCACCAUCUAAACACCAUCAAUAAAAAAUAUAGUUUGAUUUUUAGAGGAGGAAUAAUAAUUUGGAUACUCUUUUUUUUAUGUGGAGUACUACUUGUAAACUUUAUACCUCUCUUUCUCCCUACAUAUCUCCCUCAAAACAAUGGAAAAAUACUUGCCCAAUAUUAUCCAAAAUCUUAAUUUCAAGUCUAAAUUAGCUCUACAAAUAUCAAUUAUUCCACUAAUUUUAUUUAUUCUAAUUACAUUACAAUCAUCCAAUAACCUUUCAUUCAAGAGAUUAUAUUCAUCAUUACACACUAAUCAUCAUGAUAAUGUGUCAAAAACAAGCUCAAAAAAAUGUGAUAUAUUCAUGGGUGAAUGGGUUCAAAAUAUGGAUGCUCCAUAUUACACAAAUGAUACUUGUGAGACUAUCCAUGAAUACCAAAAUUGUAUGAAACAUGGAAGACCCGAUACUGAAUUUAUGAAAUGGAGGUGGAAACCAUAUGGGUGUGAAUUACCCGUUUUUAAUUCGACCCGUUUUUUGGAAAUGGUUCGGGGCAAGUCUAUGGCUUUUGUGGGUGAUUCUCUUGCUAGAAAUCAUAUGCAAUCUUUGGUUUGCCUCUUAUCCCAAGUAGAACGCCCCUUGGAUAACUCCACAACUCAAGAUGAAAAUUUCAAACGUUGGUAUUACCCAUCUUACAAUUUUACACUGGCUAUGAUAUGGAGCCCAUUCCUAGUUAAAGCCCAAGAAAAUGACCCAAAUGGAAAACCCGGAAAGAUUACUUUUGCUGGGCUUUACCUUGAUGAGGUUGAUGAAACUUGGGCGGCCCAAAUUGAUGGGCUUGACCAUCUCAUUAUAUCCGCCGGCCAUUGGUUUUUCCGACUUCUAAUAUUAUAUGAAAAACGACAUAUUAUGGGUUGUCGCUAUUGUUGGACAACAAAUAUUACUGAACAAUCCGUCUCUUAUGGUUACCGAAACGCGUUUAAAACUGCGUUUCGGGCCAUAUUAGAGAGGGAGAAUUUCAAAGGUAAAGUGUAUUUGAGGACCUUUUCUCCACCUCACUAUGAAGGUGGAGAUUGGUAUAAUGGAGGGUAUUGCUUAAGAAAAAAGCCCUAUAAAAGCAAUGAAAUCAAUUUUGAGGGACAAAAUUUGGAGAUGUACAAGGCUCAAUUAGAAGUGUUUGAGGAGGCCCAAAUUUUGGCCCAAAAACGUGGGCUGAAAUUUGGGCUCAUGAAUAUUACCCAAACUAUGUUGACGAGGCCCGAUGGGCAUCCUAGUAAAUAUGGGCAUUGGGAAAAUGUGAAUGGGACAAGGCCCAAUGAUUGUAUCCAUUGGUGCUUACCUGGGCCCAUUGAUAGUUGGAAUGAUAUUUUGCUUGAGAUGUUAAAGGAGUGAAUAGAAUGGGUUUUGAUUAAGCAAAUGAUGAUGACUUACUCUCCCAGACCUUCUCUCGAUAAGACGACCUUAAAACAAGAAAUCUAUGUGCUAAUACUUGUAUCAUUUAUUCAAGCAAUAUGUAUAGAGCAUUUCACGAUUAUACCAUCUCACACAAGAAUUUGUGAAUGAGGAUUUUUGUAAGUUUGUAAAUCUCAUUUAAGAAUUUGUAUAUGAUGAGACAGUUUCAUACAAUACUUACUGUAAUCAUAAAGUAUGAUGAGGUUAGCAAUUGAUUUAUGUAAUAACCGUAUUUUUUGGCAAUUAAGAGGAAUAUAUGAA